GUGUAGGUUAGGUGCCUGGUAAUCAGGGGUAUCUCAGGCCGGUACGUUGGGAGAUGUGGAUGUAGGCAUCUCAAGUAGGUACCUAAGUUGUGCAAUUCAUUAAACCCACUUACCCACUUACCCACAUAUCCCUAUAUGUGCAUCCAUUGAUCCCACCCUACCUCCUAACAUGACCUAUCUACCUAUCUCUCCCCUACCCUACCGACUAGGUAUGCUUUAGUCUCAUCCUCGCCGACCUUACGACAUCACAAUCCACAUACGGCCCUACGUACCACGUCAAGCCGAGCGACGUCGACUCACGAACAAAGGAUUCCUCCCGAAUACCCUACCCUACCCGACUUCAUCCCCUUCCUUCGUAAAUCCGGAUCGCCGCCCCCUGAAUCCGGAGAAGAGCGAGACUAGCGCGCAACCGAACGGCGACCACACGAGCAACCGAAUAUCCGCCUACCACCUCGCAGCUCUCACCGGCAUAGGGGUCCCUCGCCAUGGCACCUCGCAUCGAGGCCCAGGAGAUAGACACGUACUGGAACAUCUUUACGACCCGGACCAAUGGCGGCAAGUACCUGACGGGCGACCAGGCCGCGCCGCUGCUCAAGAACAGUGGUCUGCGCGACGACCAGCUCGAGCGUGUGUGGGAUGUGGCCGACGUCGACAAUGACGGCAACCUCGACUUCGAAGAGUUCUGCGUCGCCAUGCGCAUCAUCUUCGACUUGGUGAACGGGGAAUACGCCGACGUACCUACGACGCUACCCGACUGGCUCGUCCCCGAAUCGAAAGCCCAUCUCGUCCAAGCGAACCGAGCCCUGACGGGCAAGCAAGUACAAUUCGAGCAAGUAGACGACGACUCGGAUACCCCGGGCCUCAAGGAUGGCUUCGACUGGUAUAUGAAUCCGCAGGACAAGACCAAGUAUGAAUCAAUAUACCAAGAGAACCGAGACAUGCGGGGCGAGAUAUCCUUCAAUGCCCUCGAGGAGCUGUACGAUUCGCUCGACGUGCCAGACACGGACGUGCGGUCGGCGUGGAACCUGAUCAACCCGUCAGCGUCCUCGACCAUCAACAAGGACGCCUGCCUCGCGUUCCUGCAUAUCCUGAACAACCGACAUGAGGGGUACCGGAUCCCGCGGACAGUGCCGGCCUCGCUACGCUCGUCGUUCGAGCGGAACCAGAUCGACUACCAGGUCGACAGCGCGCGCAACGCCCCGGUCGCGUCGCGCUGGGCCGCCAAGGCCGACGACUCAACGGCGAGCGGCCGCAAGGCCAAGUUCGGCGACCAGUACCUGACGCGCCUCGGCCGCGGCGCCUUCAAGGCGACGGGGACGGACUUCAGCAGCGCCCAGUCGGACGAGCAGUGGGAGGAGGUGCGGCUCAAGAAGCAGCUGCAGGAGCUCGAGGACAAGAUAGCCAAAGUGGAGUCGGCGGCGGCGGCCCGCAGCGGCGGUGGCGGUGGCGGCAAGCGCGACACGAAGCCGGCGCUGGUCAAGCGCGAGCUCGAGCAGCUCCUCGACUACAAGCGGCGGGAGCAGCGGGAGCUCGAGGAGGGCACGGGACGGUCCAAGGCGGGCGGCGGCCUGCGCGGCGUGGCGGACGACCUGCAGACGGUGCGGGAGCAGGUGGACGGCCUCGCGACGCACCUCGCGGCGCGGACGCAGGUCCUAGAGCAGCUGCGGCGGGAGAUCGAGGACGAGAAGGCGGGGAGGUAGAAUCGGUAGCUAGGUGGUGGGGGGGAGAAAGAAAGAAAGAGAGAAAGGGAGAGAGAAAGGUGAGAUGGAACAGGAGAUGCGUG